UCCAUCGCCAGAGCGGUCCAUCGUCAGAGCGGUCCAUCGCCAGAUCAAAUGGCUUCAAAUAACAAAAAUGAAAAUGUCUGAACCUCAUAAUACCAAGGAAGAACACUGUCACCGAUUGUCCUUUUCUAGCGGAGACUCAGGCCGAACAGAUAAAGGGGAAAUCACCUGUACCGAACCUGGCAACAUAAUAGAAGUUCUCAGAAGAAAUGAGAUCUUCUGUAAAUUAAUGAAAAAGGUGAAGGGGAGAGAAGUUGUCAUUGUGAAUGAAAAAGGGGCCAUAGCGGAGCACUUUCCAUGUUGCUUAAUUAAGAAAGAUGAGCUCCUCGUUAUAUUCACUUUCCCUAAAUCUAAAACACCGGCCAUAGAUGAGAAAAGGGAACUUGCACAGGGAAAAGAGCAACAGCAAAAAUCCUCAUUUGUCACUUUCUGUGUUGGGGUAACAGGUGGGAAAAAUAUCACAAGCAAGGAGGUACUUAAACACCCAAAACAUAAGCAUUUUAGCCCUCUGUGUAUCUAUGCAAAAUGUGGGGAUACAGUCAAGUCAGCUCUGGAAGCAGAUGGGCGUUUCUCAGACAUAGUGUUUGCAGAAACAUGUACACUUUGUGAGGAACCCCAAAAACAAACAAAUAUUACUAUGUCCACUGUAGUAAACAAGCUAAAAGAUCGCAGAUUUCAAAUUUUUCUAAAGGAACCAACAAACAGAGAAGUGCUUGGCACCACAAAAUCAAAGAUUUCUGACACAAGAUUCAAAUCUGAGGGUGACACCACACAACCCUCUCAGUCCAACUCAAGUGCAAAAUCGGAGGAGGGGCCCUCUCAGUCCAACUCAAGUGCAAAAUCGGAGGAGGGGCCCUCUGUGGGAAAUAUGACACAGGAGCGACAGGAAAUACAGGCAAAUAAGAAACAAAAAUACAUUCCCAUGCCAGAUUCUAGGGAAAUUCAUCAGAUCUUAUGCGACCAGUUUAAACGUUUACAAGAUCACAUGAAGAGUAGGUAUCCACAGGAGAAAUCUGAGUCUGAAGUGAUAGAGUUGAUGAGGGAGGAAUUUGGUAAGAAACCGGAGAGUUUUACUGAAGUGUACAGGUUAACAGAGCUGGCAGAAGUGACCACCUCAGUCUGUAAGGUCGAGCACGAAUUCAUCGAAGGAACAGGUUUCCUGCUGUUCGAUAACUUCAUCCUGACAAAUGGUCAUUUGUUCAAGGAUGAAGGUGUACUUCAGGGAAAGAGACUGUCGGUUCCCACAACUGUCACGUUUAAUUUUGACAACCCACUUGGAUCAGGUCAGUGGAAGGUAAAUGUUAAACCAGAAGUGGUUGCCCUCCAAUAUGGAGUUGAUAGGUGGAGGCGUCAGGUUGACUAUGCCAUACUGGAGUUGAGUACCCCAUUAAAAGGCUAUAAGUUUCCUCCAGGUGUCCUUCAGAAGUAUGGCCCAGUCCCUCAGACAGGUGGGAUCUACAUCGUUGGCCAUCCAGAUGGAGGCGUUAAAAAGAUGGACUCCACGACCAUAAUAGAGGUGGAACAAAGAAAUGCAGCUGAGAUCAAACAUUUAGGAGAGAACGAGAGCUCCAUCAUGUCAAUCAAAGAAAGCAUUUUGGGUGAUGAGUUGGACAAAGAGUUUAAUGAGCAGAUAAUGCAGGGGAAUCUGAAUGUGCUGACCUAUAACACCUUCUGCUUUAAUGGAGCCUCUGGGUCUCCCGUUAUAAAUCCCAGUCAUUGUCAAGUAAUUAAUGGCAUCCCAGUAUAUGGCUGCCAGGUGAUUGCCAUGCAUACUGGUGGCUUUUUGUACAAAUGUAAGGAAACUCUUGAAACUCAGAGUGUGAUUGAAUAUGCAAUCCCUCUCAGGACCAUUCUAGAAAACGUAUUGGUCUACUUGGUGGAGACAAACGAUGUUCAAAUGUUGUCAAGAUUCACCAAUGUUGCCAUGGAAAACCCACAUCUGUUUGAGCUCAUUGCACGUCUCAUCAUCGAGGUGACGGCCACAUUGCCGCCUGGAUACUCUGAUAUCCUUGACGGAAUAUGGAAGACAAUAUCACGAAGUCGUAAAAGAGAUGAGAUGCAGAAAUUGAUCAUUGAAAUAAGUGUAGGUACAUCAAGGAUCGGAUUGAGGUGCUGAGCUGUGUUUUAACAGAAGUUAGGGCGGCUGUGUGUCGGGAAGCAGCUUUAGGACAUUUAAAUAAAUAAAAAUAAUGCUUUUAUUGUCACACACACAGCAGAUAUGUGCAGUGAAAUGGAUUGUUUUACAGGGUCAGCCAUAGUAGUACAGCACCCUGGAGCACCUUUAGUAUUUGAACCAGUGACCUUUCAGUUGCAACACUCUAACCUCUAGGCUACCCGCCUUCCCCUUCGCUUAUUUGCAACUGUAGACGUAAGCUAUAGAGGGAUAUGGUGAUGUGCCCAUAUUAUUUAGGAAAGCCACGGUAUCACAUAUCAUCGCUGUCGGGUGAAAACCUCUGGUCUCUGAAACACACUUUUUAGGAUAUUGAAG